AUGGCACUUCAACUUCUAGUUUUCAUUCUUCUCUUUGGAAGUUCAUUGAGGCUUGAAUCAGUUACCGGCAGAAGGAUCCUAGGGAAUGAGACAGAUCGGCUUUCUUUGCUGGAGGUAAAGAAACAAAUUGAUGAUCUCUUGGAACGAUUCCAUCCAUUUCGGGAACUGGGUAGGAAUUACAUGUGGUCAUCGUCAUCAACUGGUCUUGAAGGAGAUCUUUCUACCAGCUUAGCAAACUGCAAAACUCGUCUAAGAGGGAUUAACUUCAACAUUAACCAUCUUGUCGGAAAGAUUCCAGUUGGACUUGCAUCUUUGUCAAAGCUGGAGAUCAUUUCUAUUAAUGAUAAUGGCUUAACAGGAGAAAUACUAGCUUCUUUUGGGAACCUUUCCUCUAUCCGAGUUAUCUCUUUAGCUGGAAAUGGAUUGCAAGGGAGCAUUCCAAAAUCCUUUGGUCAGCUAAGAAACUUAUUCUUUCUAGCACUUGGUCGAAACAAGCUAUCCGGAAGCAUUCCAAAUUCCAUCUCCAAUAUUUCAACACUCCAAAUAUUUUCUAUCAGUGUUAACAGUUUUGUUGGACCAGUCCCAAACAACUUAGGAGAUCUUCAGGAUCUUCAAAAAUUUGUUAUUGGUACAAAUCAAUGUGGAGCAAGGGAUGGUGGUGAUUUAGAUUUUGUAAAUAUUUUGCUCAAUUGUGCACAAAUAGAGCUGUUGGACCUACAGGCUAAUGGUUUUAAGGGUCCCAUUCCCAACUUUAGAGCCAAUAUCUCAACACAAUUCUUAAUGCUUUAUUUGGGAGAGAAUCAAAUAUCUGGAUUCAUUCCUAUUGAUAUUAAGAAUCUCAUCUCCUUAAGCACAUUGGGCAUGGAAGGGAACUUUCUCGAACGUAAUAUUCCUUCCAGUAAAGGGAAACUUCCAAAGCUUCAAAAUAUAUUCUUGGGUGGAAAUAGACUUUCAGGACAGAUACCUGCCUCCAUAGGCAAUCUCGGUCUUUUGUAUGGACUCCAUCUAGAAGGAAACAACUUGAAUUCAAACAUUCCUUCAAACAUUGGAAAUUGUCAACAGUUACAGGAUCUAACCCUUAACAAUAAUAACCUCCAAGGCCCGAUACCUAAACAACUCUUUUAUAUUUUCUCCUUAGCAAUAUCUCUAGACUUAUCCUACAAUGCUCUGGACGGUUCCUUGCCAAGAGAAAUCGGUAACUUGAAGAGUCUUUCUACUAUAUCUGUCCAUGAAAAUAGAUUUUCUGGAGAAAUUCCAUCCUCCAUUGGUGAUUGCAAUAGUUUGGAAAAUCUUUACAUGGGUGGUAAUUUCUUUGAAGGAACUAUUCCUCAAACUUUGGUUCUUUUGAAGGGGCUUCGAGAUUUAGAUCAUUCACUCAACAACUUAUCAAGGCAAAUUCUGAAAGAUCUAGAGAAAAAUUCAGCAUUGCAGAGUUUGGACUUUUCCUUCAAUAAUCUUGAGGGGGAGGUACCAACAAAAGGAAUCUUUAGAAAUGCAAGUGCAAUUUUAGUGAAUGGAAAUGAUAAGCUCUGUGGGGGAAUUGCAGAGUUAAAAUUGCCUGCAUGCACAAACCAUGGAUCUAUGAAAGGAGGAAAGUCCAAAACUUUUGGAAUAGUAUUAGUGAUAAUCGGUGUAGUAUUUGGGAUUAUUGGCCAAGAUGAAACAUUUGUGGCAGUCAAGGUACUCAACCUUCAAAAUACAAGAGCUUGCAAGAGCUUUAUUGCUGAAUGCAAAGCAUUAAGAAACAUUUGUCACCAAAAUCUUGUCAAGAUUCUAGCUUCUUGUUCGAGUCUUGAUUCAAAAGGCAAAGAUUUCAAAGCCCUUUUUUACAAGUUCAUGCCCAAUGGGAGUCUAGAUGAUUGGUUGCAUCUACCAAUGGUGGCAUAUAAUCAUUCAAGGAGUUUGAACUUUGUUCAAAGAUUAAACAUUGCACUUGAUGUGGCUUCUGCAUUGGAUUAUCUUCAUUACCAUUGUUAUGCUCCAAUUAUUCAUUGCGAUUUGAAGCAAAGCAAUGUUCUACUUGACAAUGAUAAGAUUGCACAUGUCGGCGAUUUUGGUUUCGCGAGGCUUCUUUCAAAUCCUGAUGAUGAUUCAUCCCAGACUCAAACUAGUACCACUAGGAUAAAAGGAUCAAUUGGCUAUGCUGCUCCAGGUAACAAAUAA